AUGCAGAACGUCUCCUCACACAAGCACUUCAUCCUCACUGGUUUUCAAGAACUCGGAGAACUGAGGCCGGUCCUCUUCGUCCCGUUCUUCCUCAUGUUCAUCGUGGCUCUGCUGGCCAACUCCCUGCUGGUGUAUGUUGUCAUUUCUCAGAGAAGCCUUCAUCAGCCCAUGAGCAUCCUCAUCGCCGGCAUGGCGUGUGUUGAUCUCUGCCUCCCAGUGUUCUUUGUCCCCAACAUGCUGCUGAGCUUCCUGUUUGACUGGAAGGGGAUCUCUCUGAUUGGCUGUCUGGUUCAGAUGCACUUCAUUCACUUCUUUGGAUCUUUUCAGUCCACCUUCCUGGUCUGGAUGGCUCUGGACCGAUACUUUGCCAUUUGCACGCCUCUCUGCUACCAUGAACUGAUGUCGCUGCAGAGAUUCCUGAAGUUUAUCAUCCCGCUCGCUGUCAGAAACAUGCUGCUCAUCACUCUGUUUGUGAGUUUGGCAGGAAAGCUGUCGUUCUGCAGUAAUGUGAUGAACCACUGUUUCUGUGAGCACAUGGCCUUGGUGGAGCUGGCCUGUGGGAGCACCAACAUCAACAACCUUGUAGGUUUGAUUGCCGUCUUCCUCAUCCCUGUAUUUGACUUCUUGUUUAUUGCGGCCUCCUACAUUUUCAUAUUCCGCUCCCUGUUGAGGUCGAGUACCACCAGCGUCAAAGGCCUACACACCUGCAUCACUCAUGCAAUAGUGAUCACUCUCAGUUUAACAGUGGCGCUUAUUGCUUUUCUCUCAUAUCGGAUUAAGAACGGCCUCCCUGCAGCCACCCGGGUUUUCUUCAGCACCAUGUAUCUGUUGUUUCCCAGCUGCUUCAACCCGAUCAUCUACGGCAUCAGAACCACUGAGAUCAGACAGCAAAUGCAGAAGACGCUGACCAGACAGCGGCGGCUCUCAGGC